AUGGACCAAACAGUAAAGUCAGGGAUAGACCCAGAAAAGAAAGCUUUACAUGAACUCAAACAACUUAUUAAAACUGCUCUAAUUAAUCAUGAAUUCACUUCUCCUUCUCCUGAUCCCAAACCCAUCAAAGAAGAAGAAGUAUUCAUCUGGGGGAUUCCUCUAAUUGGUGAUGAAAAGAGUGAUGCGAUCCUGCUGAAAUUUUUGAGAACAAGAGAUUUCAAAGUGGAAGAAGCAUUCACAAUGAUUAAAAACACGGUGAAGUGGAGGAAAGAAUUCGGGGUAGAUACAUUAAUUGAUGAAGAUCUUGGUCUUAGCAAUGAUCUUGAAAAGGUUGUUUUCAUGAAUGGGUUUGAUAAAGAAGGACGCCCAGUUUGUUACCAUGUUUGUGACGAGUUUGAAAGUAAUAAAUUUUCUAGCGAAGAAAACACACAAAAGUUUCUUGAAUGGGGGAUUCAGUUUGCAGAGAAGAGUAUUAGGAAACUUGAUUUUGGUGGUGUCUCAACUUUUCUUCAAAUCCAUGAUUUGAAGAAUUUUCCUGGAGCUGACAAAUCCGAUGAUAGCCUAGUAGCAGCUAUCUGUCAACUUUUUGUUUUGCUUCACGUUAAUUACCCUGAGAUUGUUGCUAAACAUGUGUUCAUCAAUGUGCCAUGGUGGGGUCUUGCGUUAUGGAGAAUGUUUUGUCUACGGACUCUAUUCCAUUCACAAGGAUUUAAGAGCAAGCUUGUUUUGGCUGGACCUUCAAAAUCUCCUGAAACCCUUUUCAAAUACAUAUCACCUGAACAAGUACCAGUUCAGUACGGUGGUUUAUACAGAGAAGGUAAUGACGAAUUCAGCUGUGCUGAUCUUGCUGAAAAGAUACUUGUUAAACCAGGGACAAAAAAACCUAUUGAGAUCCCAAUAUCUAAGUGUGUGGUGGUAUGGGAAGUACGAGUAGUGGGCUGGGAAGGGGCAGUGAGUUAUUGUGCUGAAUUUGUACCUAAUAAUGAACCUGGAUACACAGUUAGAAUAAAGAAAAAAAGAUUUAUCUGCUCAAGUGAUGAACAAGUCAUUUGCCACAAAUUCAAAGUUGGUAAACCAGGAAAAAUUGUUCUCACCAUUGAGAACUGUAGUUACAAAAACAAGAUGGUUCUAUAUAGAUCAAAAGUCAAUUAA